GGUAAUGUGACCACAGUGUGCAAGUCACGCGGAACCGAAGCACUGACAAAACCAGACUAAGCAAAAAAAGCAUUCAUUUCAGCUAAUCAUGGCAGCAUCAAACAGAUUCCUUCAUCUUUCCCUCUGCCUUCUCUUCACCACUUCGUCAACAUUCAGCAAAGGUGUUCCAAUACCCAAAAAGCCACUAGGAUAUGUUUAUGGCAACGGCAAGCCUACAGCGCCGAUCCAUCUGGAGGCAUUCGUGGAUCUCACUUGUCCUGAUUGCCAACAAGCAUGGCCCACAAUCAAACAAGUAGCCAAGCUCUACGGGCCUGACACGAUUCUUGUUUUAGUGCAGCCUUUCCCGUUGCCGUACCAUACCAAUGCUUUCAUCGCUGCUCAGAGCGUGCCUGUGGUGGCUUCGUACAACAGCAGCCUCGUUUUCACGUGGAUUGAUGUCUUGUUCAAGUUUCAAAGCGAGCUGUAUAACUUUCAGACAAUGAACAAGAACAGAUAUGACAUACUAAAUAUCGUGUCGUCCCUUGCGCCAAAAGCUGGAGUCCCCAGUGACAUCAUGAAGACUGGACUGACUGGUACUGAGUCGGAUGGUGCUGCCCGGAUAGGAUGGAAGCACGGCUGUCUCCGUACUGUGGCUGGCACACCCACAUUCUUUAUAAACGGGAUCCCUGUGGAAGCGGAUUCCUCCUGGACGGUACAACAAUGGAAAGACGUCAUUGACCCUCUUUUGAAAUGAUGUAAUUGUACUUCUCAUGUUAUGACGUCAUCUUCUUCGUUUACACCAUUGACAGUCUUGGUUAAUCACGUGAUCAAAUAUAAAUGCAAUCGCAACUCUUAUGAUGACCUAAAUCGCUUGGAAUGAAUUUGUCGUUCUUUUCGACCCUCUCGGAAACAUAACAGUUCACAAAUUUGAAAAUGAUUUAUAGAAAAAAGUGUUUAUUUCAUUUUCAGUUACCGCUUAUAUUUGGUACAUUGAAAUAAACCAACAAGAUAUUAUAGGGGUCUAUUUUCACUUGGCAGUGUGAAACGGACACGUAUGUUAUGACAUCAUCUUCACGUUUUGUAAAGCCGCAAGACUAAAAGAGCAAUUGUUUUGAAAAUUGAUAAAUAUUGACCCGAUCCUGGUUUUUCUUUUCCUCUUCUGCGUACUUCUCUUGCGUUUGUGUCAAAAUCAACUGAACGUAAGAGAAGACGGAAACGGAAGAAUCCAACAAUAAAAACUGUACAACAAUAAAAACUGCAACUCAAGAUUUGAGUAAAAAAAUGCUGCAAAGAUGAAGCCCAAAUAUUUUGGCUAAAAUCUGUCAUGUUCGGUGUAAUUACGUGUUAUAUAUACACCUAUUUAAAAAAAAAGUUUAGUGCAAAACCGAAAGGACCCAUGGAUCCCAAAAUACUCGUUCCAAAUUAAAGAAAUAUAAAUAAAACAUACGAAUAUCAAUAUAUAUAUAAUAUAUAUAAUCAAUAAAUGGUCCUGACAUCGCUUGAGUUUAUUUAUCACCUUUAAUUUUACAACUACAUACUACCCAAAAACACCUUUCGGUGGUAGAACUUCCAUUUGGCAAUUGCUAUUCGCCGCUCGUGCUGACAGCCUUUAUUGAAAUAGGUGCAUAUUUGGAGGAAGGACUAGUUCUCUCAUAUCAUAUUCUUUUGAAUAUAAAUCUUGAUCAAGCUAGUAAGUAAAGAAAAAUCAAGAGAACACAACAUGUAAGUGUACAAGAAUCUGAUAAAAUUGAUUACUUCAACAAACAAGCACGGGCGCAAUAACCAAUAACCCUUCCCCGGUGUGUGUGAACAAACGUGCACAAACGUAAGUUAUCUAAAGUUCCAUCUCGGCUGUCAUUAUGGAUCCAGGGCGUGAAGUAUAUAUUUUAUUGCCUACUGCUCUACUGUAUUAGUUUUCUUUACCCAUUGAGUGUUAAUAGACCUCUAUAUUGACAUGGGGUUACUUCUAAUAUUAUUAAUAUCGCAACAGCCCCGAUACAGGUUAGUUAUAACUUUUAAUAAACUAGGAGUUUCUAAUAGAAAGUGAAGUUCUGGGAGCAGUCAACUCAAGGGGGGCUGGUUGCAUAAAGCCUGGUCUAAUAUCCAUAAGAUAAUAUCCAUAUCUUCCUAGCAGGGCAAUAUUUUCUAUAAAAAAUAUAUACUGCUGCUUUCUUACUUGUAAAAAAAAAAGGUAAUGAAAUUGGUUUCAAAUUUUGAGAAGAGUUCUGGAUAUUUUCUGAAUUGAUAUAGGAAAAUGCGUAUUUCCAUCAAUGGUAUCAGAGAAGUUGGUAUUUAAGGAUUAUUCACUGGAGUGUAAAUAUUGCAUUUAAUAAUCCAAUCGACGAAUAAUCCACCAGAUAAAGUCGAGGGGAUUAUUAUGCAAUAUUCUUUGAGCUUGAGGCGAAUAAUUGUUUUAGUAUUAUUACCCAAGCGAAUCUUAAGAUUUUACUAACAAAAAACAGUUCUGAUUUACUUUUUAGGUUUAACGGCCUUGUGGCCUCCCAGCAAAAAAAAUCCACGCUUUUUUUCAUUUUUUUUAUGCUUUUCUCUCCCAUUCUAAAAGUUACAUACUUAAUAUCAAAACCCCUUCCCUCCCAAAAAACAUUCGGCUUCCUUUAUUGAAAUAGGUGUAUAUUUGGGGGAAGGACUAGUUCUCUCAUUAUAUUCUUUUAAAUAUAAAUCUUGAUCAAGCUAGUAAGUAAAGAAAAAUCAAGAGAACACAACAUGUAAGUGUACAAGAAUCUGAUAAAAUUGAUUACUUCAACAAACAAGCACGGGCGCAAUAACCAAUAGCCCUUCCCCGGUGUGUGUGAACAAACGUGCACAAACGUAAGUUAUCUAAAGUUCCAUCUCGGCUGUCACUAUGGAUCCAGGGCGUGAAAUAUAUAUUUUAUUGCCUACUGCUCUACUGUAUUAGUUUUCUUUACCCAUUGAGUGUUAAUAGACCUCUAUAUUGACAUGGGGUUACUUCUAAUAUUAUUAAUAUCGCAACAGCCCCGAUACAGGUUAGUUAUAACUUUUAAUAAACUAGGAGUUUCUAAUAGAAAGUGAAGUGCUGGGAGCAGUCAACUCAAGGGGGCCUGGUUGCAUAAAGCCUGGUCUAAUAUCCAUAAGAUAAUAUCCAUAUCUUCCUAGCAGGGCAAUAUUUCUAUAAAAAAUAUAUACUGCUGCUUUCUUACUUGUAAAAAAAGCUAAUGAAAUUGGUUUCAAAUUUUGAGAAGAGUUCUGGAUAUUUUCUGAAUUGAUAUAGGAAAAUGCGUAUUUCCAUCAAUGGUAUCAGGGAAGUUGGUAUUUAACGAUUAUUCACUGGAGUGUAAAUAUUGCAUUUAAUAAUCCCAUCGACGAAUAAUACCCUAGAUAAAGUCUAGGGGAUUAUUAUGCAAUAUUCUUUGAGCUUGAGGCGAAUAAUUGUUUUAGUAUUAUUACCCAAGCGAAUCUUAAGAUUUUACUAACAAAAAACAGUUCUGAUUUACUUUUUGGGAUUAACGGCAUUGUGGCCUCCCAGCAAAAAAAAAAUCCACGCUUUUUUUUCAUUUUUUUUAUGCUUUUCUCUCCCAUUCUAAAAGUUACAUACUUAAUAUCAAAACCCCUUCCCUCUCAAAAAGCAUUCGGCUUCCUUUAUUGAAAUAGGUGUAUAUUUGGGGGAAGGACUAGUUCUCUCAUAUCAUAUUCUUUUGAAUAUAAAUCUUGAUCAAGCUAGUAAGUAAAGAAAAAUCAAGAGAACACAACA